AUGUCACAGGUUUCAGCUGUCAUGGAUCACGUCCGACCGCAGGAUAGUGGAACUAAUGCUGCUGAUUUUGAUGAUGAAGACGGUGGUGGUUUGAAACUUGACCGCACUGGAACUGCAACAAGUAUUGCUGAGUCACUUGGAGUCUCCAUUGUUAAUGGAGCACUUCUUAAUGCACAGCAUGCUUCAUCCAUUGAGCCUAAUGUGCAGCCCAGUGAAUGCAUAUUAUUGAGGAAUAUACAACCAGAUUUUGAUAUGGAAAUUCAAGAUGUUCAAGAAGAAUGUUCCAAGUUUGACUCUGUCAAGCAUAUCUAUGUGGAAAAGAACAGCAUUGGUUCGGUGUACCUCCGAUUUGACAGUGCAGCAUCCGCCGCCAGUUGUCAGGGUGCCAUGCAUGGCAGAGCAAUUUCUACCACAUUCAUGAACCAUAAGGAAUAUGAAGCUAAAUUCGGACGUGGUGCCUGA